AUGGCUGACAGGAUUCUGCGAUACGCCGUAAAGGGCGUUGCAUCUGGCAUUGGCCUCGCAUCGGAAGGCGUCCACCAUCACAAGGAGAGAAAGGAUGCUAAAGGCCAUUUGACGGAUGUCAAAGUGCAAGAGAUCCACACAGAGGCCGGUCGAGAAGGCAAUGCAGGACACGGCAGUCUCGAAGAAGGCGACGAAGAACAUUGGGAUCUGGAUGAGGCUCAAGACGAGCUCAUCAGCGUCCACUCCAAUACCUCCAGCGCUCCGCACCCAGAAGAGCACAUGUCCAAGAGAGACCAGAUCAACCCUGUCAAGAUCACCGAUGCAUUCAUGCGCAGGCAUCCACUGCCAGAGACACCGCCACAGACGACACCCAGUACACUGACAGACCACGGACCCAAUAACGAGGAUAUCCAGGUCACCCAGACCCAGCAGGUCCCGAAACUUCCGCUUCCCGUUAUUCUUCCACAGCGCCGACCGAAGGCUCGGGAGCGAGGCUUCAUCCGCGCCUAUGCACCAGACCUGGCCAUCAAGGGCAUAGACCAAGAGACCUUCCUCGACUUUAUCGAGACUUUCAACCAGGCCAGUCUCGCUUCUCCAUGGCUCGACGCCAUCAACUUGGCUGGGUUCGCCACGAUGGCCCUGCCGCCUGCAAUCUCACAGGCCGUGCAGCUGGCCAUCACGGUGAGCGUGAAUAUAGCCAAGGACAUCCAGAGCCGGAAACGACAAAACACCUUCCUCGACCGCAUCAACGACGAAUUCUUCCGGCCCCGCGGCCUCUACUGCCUCGUGCUGACCUGGCAGCCCGACACGCCGACCCUGCACACCUCAGUCGACGUCACCUCGACCGUCGCCGAGCGCGUGUCGACGCCGCACGGCACCGGCGCCAAGAUCAAGCGCGCCAUGAAGACGUCGUCCGGCCCAAACACCGUCGAGUUCACCGAGUGCGCUGCUCUGGUCUUCCCCAAGCUCGACGAACUAGCGGUGCAGACGGGCGACGAGGCAGAGCGCAAGAGGGACAAGGUCAAGCACUACAAGGGGUUUGCGGAUGUGUACUUCGACCGCAGGGCUCAGGCGAAGCAUGCUGGGAAGAAUCCCGACAGUGCCCUGGCCAAGUUAAACGCUCCAACUCCCAAGUUCACCUCCCGAUACGCUGACCCCAACCACCCGGCAAGCAACGGCAAUCUCAUCUCCCUGCUCACUGGGGGAAGACUCAAUCCCCCAGACUUGCGACAACUCGCUAGUGGCAGCGGCGGCGGGUUCGGCGGGAGAGGAGGCAUGGGCAUGGGAGGGUUCGGCGGACUGGGGAGUGGCGGCGGCAGGAUGGGCAUGAUGGGUGGUGGCGGGUUUGCUGGUGGGCGAAUGGGAUAUGGCCAGGACCAAUACUACAGGGUGCAGCAGCAGCAGCAGUAUCAGUAUCAGGGUACUUAUCAACAACGGCCCGGUCAACAAGGCGGCUACUACGAGAACCAGUCCAAUAUGCCUGCCAUGGGCAUGGGAGGCUUCGGCGGCGGAUCAGGCCCAGUUGGGCUCGAAGCCCUCGCCGGCGCAAUCCUGGGCAUCGGGCUCGGAAAUGGCCAGAGCGCCAUCAAGCGGAUUCUCAGCAAGGAUGUCCUCUACCUGAUGAUCGUCAACAUGCCCUCCGCGGAAGAACUGGCGGCUGCGCAGGAGCUGAGCGAGAUGCACCACGGGGAGGACUGAGAUGGGUCGAGAAGACAAUGGGACUGCACUGCAUAAUAUCUCCACAGGGUAGACUCGGCGAUGGAUUUUGACCUACCUCGUAAUCGAAAAGGUCCAUUUCGGUUUCUAAACCCCAGACCUGAGCUGGCGCAAUUUCGGCCCCAGCCUGAGCCUGGUGAGGCAAUGACUGGCAGAGAGCCGUCGAGAAUGGAUGAG